UUAGUCGUGCAGUGCGCCGCGCCACGGUCGGGACACGCGAGAAGGGAAAGAGGAGAGAUGCGCCGAAUUGGCGAGGCCCUCGAGCCGGCGUGCCCGCUCUAGCAGGAAUUCGGCCCUUCGCGCGGCAAAGGGAACGGGCUCGCCUCUUUCGGCACUCUCGCACCCGAUAAUCGAUACCAUUCGAGCGCGUUUCGAGUCCCCCCGUGUCUCUCGGUGCCCUCGGAUACCCGAGUGUGUUAUGUCAACGUAACCUGCGGCAGCGCUGCCACCUCUCUUUAGCAAUUAACCAAACAAAAUGGACACCGAGGUAACGAUUGAACGAGUGGCCCUGCGAUCGCUCUAAAUGGGACCCACGGCGAGAUGGCGAGGAACCCCGUCGAAUCGGACCCGGGAGGGUGUGUGAGAGUGAGAGAGAGAGAGAGAUAGUCGAAGUGGGAGGAGUUACUGGAGUGUCCAAUUUAUUUAUGCAUCGAGAGGCCGUUCCACUCGGCCGAAAUUCGGUGACCUCCGAGUUUUCUUCUCCGGAAAUAAAAGGAGACGCGAGACUGGCGUUACGCUAUCGAAAGUUGGGUCAACUCGGGAUUUGGAGAAUGCCGUUCGGAGCUGCGUCGAGUGGAUUUCGUUGUCGUGAAGAUGGGAGGCGAGUUCCGUUUUUCUUUCGAUUCGAUCACCCACGGAUUUUCUUCCGUCCUACCGCCAAGACAUUCCCCGUGACGCGAUGAGAAUUCGAGCACGGCGAUCGGCGAUGGGUUAACGAACCCCACCGAGUUUCCGGGGCUGUAUAGAACCGUUUCAUGGAUGAAAACGAGGCUUGUGCGCAGUUUCUACCCGAAUUUUUGGGAGACUUGCCCGACCCCUGUCGAAAUUUUGGCCUUACUUUUAAACCAUUACCUAAAAAGAGCAGAAACGAAUUGACAAUGGGCACGUUACCGGUCAAAGGCAAGGUCUUGCAAUACCCUCUUGAGCCCGAGACGGAGGCGAAGAGUCGUGCAGCGUAAAGACAUGGACUCGUACGACCUAUUCGGUGAAGAUGUCAGUGGCUCAAUGCUCGAUGCUCUUCCUGAUCUUGGGGGGAACGAUCAGUUCGAUCCGGCAGGAGCAGCCAGCUCCGUGGUAGUGUCAAGGGACGGUCCCAAUCCCGGGCCCAAUGGAGGAGGGAGUUACAUCGGCCAGACGUACAGUAUGUCUCAGGAGUCUCCUCUGCAGAAAUUGACAUCCUUCGGUGGAUCAGAGUUCGGGAGUUCCGGCCCGUUGCAAGGCACAUCACAGCGCGGUAUGUUCAAUCAGAAUCUGGGCUCGUUCGACGGCGGCGCUCCCCAGCGAGCGAUGGUGCCGGGGGCGUUCCAAAACCAGGCGCGCAGCAUAACGCCGCAGCACCGGGGCCCUCACCCCGGUACCGGCACCCAGUACCCGAGUUACUCGGACAACAUGUACUCGAUGGAGCAGCAGCACCCGAUGGCGAGGACCAACCUGAGCAUGGAUCCCGGGAUACAGGGUUGGCCAGGUACCGGAGGUACGUACCCGCAGAUGCAGAGGCACUACAACCAGAUGGCACCCCAGCCGGGUACCUACCGGCAACACAUGCCUCAGUACCCCCACCAGCAGGAGCAGCCCGCCAUCAACCAGAAGAUCCAACAGCAACAGCAGCAGCAGCAGCAGCAACAGCACUUCAACCCGCAACAGGGGAUGAUGGGAACCAUGGGAGUGCCGCACCAGGGGAUGCAGCCGGGCAGCACGAGCGGAGUCUAUCAGCACAUGGUGGGGCAGCAGCAGCACUAUCAGCAGGGCAGUCCGGCGGCCAUGUACCAGGCCUCCGGUGGCUACUCUGGUUUCGCGACUGCGAUGCACCAGCAGCAACAGCAGACCCAAUCGCAGUCGCAGCGGAUGCCCCACCACCACGCGACCCACCAGCCCCAUCAGACGCAUCCGACACAUCAACAGUAUCCCCAGCACGGCCAACAUCCCGGCACCCAGCAGACCCUGGACCCGCAGUACCCUCACCACGCCGCGCCGAUGUUCAACCAGCCUCAGCAUCCGGGCGCCACCGCGCAGUUCGGGACGACAAAGCUCGCGACCAGUCCCCAGUACCGGGCCAACUUCUCCCAGCUGUCCCCGCAGAUGUCUCCCAGGCCGCAGAUGUCGCCCCGGCCGCCGAGCGUGCAGCAACAGAUGUCGCCCAGGCCGAUCAUGUCGCCCGCGAAGCCCAACGCCCUCUCGCCUCAUCCCCACGUCCAGCUCCCGCCGCACCAGCAGUCAAGCCAGCCGAACUCGGUAUCGGUGUCGCCGUGUCCGCCCUCGUCGAUGCCGCAAAUGGCCUCGGCCACGACGCAGCAGCAGAGUACCCUCCAGGCCCUCGAGCAAAUGGUCAUCCCCGGGGUCGCGGUCCCUAACCCCAACGUCCCCAGUCAGGACUACAACCAGUUCCAGGCGCGGCCGCCGAUGUCCCACACCUCGCCGAUCCUGCCGCAACAAAGCUCGCCCGCACAAAACUCCAUGUCGCCGGUCGCCGGUCCCAGGAUGCCCAUGCCCUCGCAGUGGCCGCACCCGCAGCAGCCACAGCAACCGCAGCAACCGCCGCCGCCUCCGCAGCAACAGCAACAGCAGCAGCAGUCGGCGCAGAUCAGACCCACCCUGGGCGCGAACGACGGGAGGAGCAUGAUGGACUCGCAGCCUCCCGCGACACCCGAGCAGUCGCCCAGCGUGUACCCUGUCAACGGACCCGACGGUAUUCACAGCGUAAUCGAGACGACGUCGAGGGACCCUCCGGAGAAUGCGCCGACCUCCAACGAGCCCCCGAAGUCGGAGGUCGGGUCUCCGGACCAGAGCUCGUCGGUCAGUCAGGGUUCCGAGGGCCUUGGCAGACGGGGCGAAAGCCCGGUGCAGAGCAACGCUCAAGUCAACCCGUCCAUGGAACAAACGGCACCGAUGACUCCGGUUCAGGCCGAGCCGGUGCAGUCCCUGCCGGCUUCCAGUACCAGUGGUAACGCGGAUUCUAAUUGCAUGUCCCCUGCGGUCCAGUCGCAGUCGCAGGUGACGAGCGCAGUCUCGUCGAACGCGGACAACGGGUCCAGCGUCGACGUCAUCGCGGAGCAGCCGCUGGAGGUGAACGCCCAGCCUCACCAGCAAUCCGUGGCGCCUCCUACGCAGACGCAUCAGCAGCCUCUAGUUAGCCAAUCUCAGCAACAGAGCCAGCAGCAGUCCUUGGUAUGUACCCAACCGCAGAUGCAACAGCUCCACUUGCAAGGUCAACCGCAAUUGGUCCAGCACUCGUCCCUUAACCAAACGUCGCAGGCCCAGCACUCGCCGAUGGGCCAGCAGCCCCAGCCGUCGCCGAUCUCUCAGCCCCAGCAACCGCCCAUGAGCCAGGCCCAGGCAACGCAGAUCAGCCAGCCCCAGCAGUCGCAGAUCAGCCAACCUCAGCCGCAGCAGAUGGGCCAGCCACAGUUGUCGCAGAUUACUCAGGCUCAGCAGUCGCAGAUAAGUCAGUCUCAGCCGGCGCAGAUAAGCCAUCCCCAUCAGUCGCAGCCGACGCAGAUGAGUCAGCCCCAGCAGGCCCAGAUGAGCCAGACUCAGCAGCUUCAGCUGGGUCCGCAAUCGUCGCAGAUAGGUCAAUCCCAGCAGCCGCAGAUCGGCCAACCUCAGCAACCGCAGAUGGGCCAGUCGCAGCCACCGCAGCUGGGUCAGCCUCCGCAACAGCAGAUUGGCCAACCUCCGCAGUCGCAGCAACCGCAAAUGGCAGGUCAGCAACAGCAGCCGCAAAUGGGCCAACCUCAGCCGUCGCAGAUGAGCCAGCCUCAGCAGUCGCAGAUGAGCCAGCCUCAGCAGCCGCAGAUGGGCCAGCCGCAGCAACCGCAGAUUGGUCAAACUCCGCAGCCGCAGAUGGCCCCGUCGCAGCAACAGCAAAUCCCACAGACCCAGCAGCCACCGAUGUCUCAGCCGCCGGCUUCGCAGAUGGGACAGCCACCGACGCAGCCGCAGCUCGUGCAGUCGCAGCAACAGCAACCGAAUCAGCAGUCGCUCGUGCCUCCUCAGACUCAGAGCCAGCAACCCCUCCUGGGACAGACGCAACAGUCUCAGUCGCAUAUGGGCCCGCAAGUCCCUAUGAUCCCGACCAGCAACCAACUGCUUCCUCCUCAGAUUCCUCAUCAGCCGCAAAUGCCGACUCCUGUACAGAACCAAGGUCAACAGAUCACCAGCCAGAGCAACCAGGUACCGCCCACGCAUCUGGCUGUUCAACAGAUGCCUGCCGUGGGACAGACCGGCACCCUCGUGAUGCCGACUCACCAGACCGCCGUUUCUCUGCCAAAUGCUCAGCCACCUCACCCGGUACAACCUGUUCAACCUGGCUUCGGGGAGUACACGAAUAUCCAGAAGGGGAACCUCUAUCCCGGCGACAUACUGGUCGGGUCUGGACAACAGUACCACGCUACUGGGGAUCUGAUGAGCGGUAAUACCAUCACCAGCAUGUACGGAAUGCCACCGGGAGCGACGCCCACGCCUGUAGGACCUGGUGGCUUCAACAAUGCCUGCGCCCCGGUCACGCAUCAUCAGGAGAGGGCUGCUCUUCAGCAACAGCUGCAAGAACUCUAUUGCAUGCCGCAUGCGCCUGAGAACCAGGAGAAGAUCGUCGCUCUGAAGGACAAACUUCAGGCUCUGCAACAGCACGAGACCAAUGACCAGUGCAACGGUGGACCGCAAUGCAUCCUCCAGACGCCGAUGUUCACCGCUGCCGUCGUUGACAGCCCUCAGGUGUGUAAUGUCGUAUCGAGCACGACAGGUCGAGGGCGAAGUAAAGGCGCUCCCAGGGCGAAGAAGAGCAGGAAAAAGGCGGACAAGGAAGCGGUCACUCCGAUCACGGUGCAGCCGCUUCCUCAACCUGAGCAACCUCUAUCGGACAAUCUAGUCACACCUGGGGACAGCAGUAACGUCGUCGACAGCGUAGCCGACUCCGAGGACAUCAAGCCCUCUUCUGGGGACAUGGAGGAGGAGUGGAACAAGACCAGGAAAGCGCGUCCUCCGAGGAAGCCGCGCAAACCGAAGGAACCCAAGGAGCCCAAGGAAAUUAAACCUAAGAAGGAACCGAAGACGCCAAAGGAGGCAAAAUCCCCCAAGGGCAAGAAGAAGAGCAAGGAGCCCAAGGAAGCGGCGAAACGUAACAGAAAGAAACCUAAUCAAUCCGAAUCGGCCGACGACGAGGUUGUCGCCGAAGUUGAGGAAGCGGCCGUCUCGGAGUUGGUAAUUCAAGACGGCGAGGUAAAGCCGAGCGAACCGCCGAUUCAGGAUGACCAGGAACACGUCGACUCUUCUACCACCGAACCCUUGAUUACCGAAAUCAAGGAGGAAGGCGAAGAGAAGACGGAAUCCGAGGAGGUUCCCGAAGAGGAGAAGAAGGAGAUCGCCCCGGAUGCAACGGCUACCGAGGCUGCUACUCCUGUCAAAAAGAAAGCUCCGAGUCGCAAAAGGUCUUCUACGAGCAAACUUCCUGCUGGUAGAUCCCCAAGGAAUGCUAAGAAACGCAAGAGUCGCAUUGCUCCUGAUUCCGAUGGCGAGGAACUGGCGACGACACCUCCGCCAUCUCCGGAAGCUGGAGACGAUCUUAACAAAAGACGUUCCGCGAGAAACACGCAUCGCAAGAAGUACGUGGACGACGUGAUGCUCAGAUUCUCCGAUGACGAUGUGCCUCUUCAGGAAGCGCAACUGACGAAGAAGUUGGAAGGCGCGAACGCCUCGAAACCCGCAGCGGUGAAGAAAGAAAACGAGGGUGGCGAUAUUGGACCAAAUAAACCGAACUUUGUAUAUAUUAAUACAACUGACGAAGACUCGAUGGUUGUGCAGCACAUUUUGUGCACCCGGAUAGGGAAACGAGAAGUUAAACCUGAGGUAUUACCUGAAGUUAAGCAAGAACCUAUUGCUGAAAAGACUGAGAUUUCCGCCAAAGCGGCAGACGGUGCCGGCAACGCAGACGGCGAUGUCGAGGAGAAACCAAAGGAAGAAGCAGGUUUGGCGAAUGAGGCCUCGAAGGAAGAAGAGAGUACAGAGGAUAAGCUUGAGAAGGGAGACGAAGGCGAGGUCGAAGAAAAAGAGAAAGUCGACGUUGAUAACGUCGUAAAACAAGAACAAGACGAGCCAGAACAAAGUGAAGAAAAGAACGAAGAGGUUGUUGUUGAUUCUAUGCAGCCCGAACCUGAACCUGAACCUGAGCUUGAAGCCGAACCUGACCCCAACCCCGACCCUCAACCUAAACCUCAACCUGUACCUGUCGAUGUAAAGCCUCAGCUUAUUGAGGUAGAGGAGUAUUUAGUAAAAUAUAGGAAUUUCUCGUAUUUGCACUGCGAAUGGAGAACGGAAGAAGAACUGUACAAGGGCGACAAGAGAAUUCAAGCUAAGCUGAAGAGGUUCAAGCAGAAACAGCAACAGAACACUAAUAUAUUCGAGAAUACCGAAGAUGACCCCUUCAAUCCAGACUUUGUCGAGGUGGAUAGAGUUCUGGACGAGGCGACUCAUGUGGACCCAACAUCCGGAGAAACUUUAAGACAUUUCCUUGUUAAGUGGCGGUCUCUCCAGUACGAGGACUCGACAUGGGAAUUAGAGGAGGAUGUCGAUCCCGAGAAAAUAGCGCUCUUUCAUAGAUUUAAUAAAUUGCCGCCGAAGGAUCAGUGGAAGCCGAAAAAGAAGCCUCAAGCGUCAGCAUGGGUUAAGUUAGAGGAGUCGCCGAUUUAUAAAAAUAACAACAGCCUUAGGCCCUACCAGUUGGAAGGUCUCAAUUGGUUAUUGUUUUCGUGGUACAACGGUCAUAAUUGUAUUCUCGCGGACGAGAUGGGUCUAGGGAAAACGAUUCAAUCACUGACUUUUGUCGACGCGGUCUACAAGUACGGGAUACGUGGGCCCUUUCUGAUAAUCGCACCCCUUUCGACCAUUCCCAAUUGGCAGCGUGAAUUCGAGAGCUGGACCGAUAUGAAUGUGAUCGUGUACCAUGGGUCUGCUGCCAGCCGAACUAUGUUGCAAGAGUAUGAGGUUUACUACAAAAAUGAAAAGGGCCAGCAGAUUAAGGAUUUAGUCAAAUUCAACGUUCUGAUUACCACCUUUGAGAUCAUUAUUACGGAUUUUAACGACCUGCGGGGGUACAACUGGAGGCUGUGCGUUAUCGACGAAGCCCACCGACUUAAAAAUCGUAAUUGCAAGCUGCUCGAAGGAUUGCGUCAGCUUAACUUGGAGCAUCGCGUACUUCUGUCGGGGACGCCCUUGCAAAAUAACGUUAAUGAACUCUUCUCGUUGCUCAACUUCCUCGAGCCGAUUCAAUUUUCUAGUAGCGAAGCCUUCCUGAAAGAAUUUGGUAAUUUAAGUAGCGAGACCGAGGUGCACAAGCUUCAGUUGCUGUUGAAACCGAUGAUGUUGCGUCGUCUCAAAGAAGACGUCGAAAAGUCCCUGGCUCCGAAAGAAGAGACCGUUGUAGAGGUGGAGCUGACAAACAUACAGAAGAAGUACUACCGCGGUAUUCUGGAAAGGAACUUCUCUUUCCUCGCAAAGGGCACUACGUCUGCGAACAUUCCGAAUUUGAUGAACACGAUGAUGGAGUUGAGGAAGUGCUGCAUCCAUCCGUUCCUACUCAAUGGUGCUGAGGAUCAGAUUCAACUAGACUAUAAAACCAACGAGAAGGAAGAUUCAGAGGCCUACUAUCAUGCCUUGGUUAACAGUUCCGGAAAGAUGGUCCUCAUCGACAAACUACUGCCGAAACUUAAAGCUAGCGGUCACAGAGUAUUAAUUUUCAGCCAGAUGGUGAAAUGCUUAGACCUUCUCGAAGACUAUCUAGUAUAUAAAAAAUAUCCAUACGAAAGAAUCGAUGGCAGAAUUCGAGGCAAUUUGAGACAAGCUGCGAUCGAUCGGUACAGUAAGCCUGACUCCGAUAGAUUUGUCUUCCUGCUUUGCACAAAAGCGGGAGGCCUUGGUAUUAAUCUAACGGCAGCAGAUACCGUUAUUAUAUAUGACAGCGAUUGGAAUCCACAAAACGACUUACAGGCUCAAGCUCGAUGUCACAGAAUAGGUCAGCAAAAGAUGGUCAAAGUUUACCGUCUGUUGUGUCGUAACACCUACGAGAGAGAGAUGUUCGACAAAGCCUCGUUGAAACUCGGCCUCGACAAGGCGAUUUUGCAGUCCAUGAACACUAGCCAAAGUAAAGACCAGAGUAAUAAACAGUUAACGAAGAAAGAGAUAGAGGACCUUCUCAAGAAAGGAGCCUACGGUGCCAUUAUGGAUGACGAUAAUGCUGGCGAUAAGUUUUGCGAAGAGGACAUCGAACAGAUUCUUGAAAGGAGGACGCAGAUCAUCACCAUAGAGGCAGAGAAGGGUUCAACGUUUUCAAAGGCGAGCUUCGCGUGCUCGUCCAACAGGACGGACAUCAACAUCGACGACCCGGACUUCUGGAAGAAAUGGGCGAAGAAAGCCGAGAUCGACACCACGGAGAAGAAGGAAGAGGACGAGCUGGUCAUAUCCGAGCCAAGACGAAGGACGCAGAUCAAACGGUACGGACACGACGAGUCCGUGGUCGACAUGUCGGAGCUCGACAGCUCCGACGAGAACAGCGACGACGACGUCAGUGGCUUAACAGGUAGAGGCAAGAAGCGCAGGGACAAAUUCGGCAAGAAGACUCGGAAGUUCUACGACGAGUACAUACCCCGCGAAGGGGAGGUCGUGUAUGGAAGUUGGGCUCGCAGCGAGUGCUUCAAGGUGGAACGAGGCCUUCUCACCUUCGGCUGGGGUCGCUGGGAGGAAAUCCUCCAGCACAGCCAAUUCCGAAGAGGCUGGCGCGAGAUCGACGUCGAGGACUGUGCAAGAGUGAUCUUGCUCUACUGCCUUCGUUAUUACCGGGGCGACGAGAAGAUACGUAACUUCAUAUGGGACCUCAUCACGCCCCUGGAGAACGGUGAGAAGAUCAAGUCGAUAAACGUUAAUACCAGCAGCAGGAACAGCAGGCAGAAAAAGAAAGGCCGCGUUCGGGAGGGGAGGGAGACUAGAGGAUCGGCUACAGGGAAUGGCGGUCCCAGCGAUCCCAAUCACUGGAGCCAUGCCGAAAAGUAUGACGGCGACAUCUUCCUCGAGAGCAACUACAAGAAGCACCUCAGCCGACAUGCGAACAAGGUUCUCCUACGAGUUCGUAUGCUGUACUACAUCAAGCAUGAGAUCAUCGGCGAUCUGGUCCAGCACAUCUCCGACGGCGUUCACGUGAGUGCGUUGCGGCUAAACCCUCCGCAGUUGGCGGAGCCUCCGGCGAAAUGGUGGGACUCUGAGGCAGACAAGUCCCUAAUAGUUGGCUGCUACAAACACGGCUACGAGAAUUACGAGCUGAUGAGGGCCGAUCCCGCGCUUUCUUUCAUUUCAAGCUGUCCUCUCCUUACCCCGACUCAAAAGACCGCCCAGAUUAACAACCGGGAGGAGAGCAGUUUGGAGAAUGAAAUGGAAGACGGGGAGUCCUCGGGCAUGCUCAAGGACUCGAAGGACUCCGAGAAAUUCGGAAGGGAAACCCCGGCUGAUUCUCCAGCGAUUUCCAGCAAGGCGGACACUCCUAUUCCUGAAGCGGGCAGUAGUCAUGACGGCACCGAUGGGCUUCUGGACGACGAGAAGACCUGGCCUUCGGUCGUCGACCUCAACACGCGUUUGCGUCGUGUCAUUACGUCGUACCAGCGCAGUGUCAAGAAAGUCGAGGUCAAGGGCCAUCCGAAAAAUAAAUCGAAUGAAGGGGAGAUGGGCGAACACUCCAUUAACGCCCCCGAACCGCCCUUAAAUAUGCAAGGGUGGGAUCUUCAACAAUUGGCUAUGUAUCUUCUGAAAAUGGAGAGGAGGGAGAAAAUGGAGGCUAUGGUGAAGGAGAGGGAGAGAAACCGAAUCGAGGAACAGCGGGCGAAGUGGACUCGCAGAGAAGAGAGCGAAUUUUUACGCGUGGUGUCAACUUAUGGUGUCAAUUAUGACAGAAAAAAGGCCCAGUAUGACUGGACGAAGUUCAAGAGCAUCGCUAGGUUCGAUAAGAAGACUGACAACGACCUCACCGAUUAUUACAUGUCCUUUAGAGCUAUGUGUAAAAAGGCUUGCAAUACGAAAGUCAACGAUGACGAAGGUUUUGCAGACAAUUCUAUCGAUCAUCUCAGUCCUAGUAAGGCUAGGCAGAUUCUGGAUCGCGUGGACCUCCUCAGCAAAAUUCGAGAAGAGAUCCUCUCCCAUCCACACCUAGAAGAGCGCCUUCUGUUGUGUCAGCCAUCAGGAGACACGCCGGAUUGGUGGCAGCCUGGCAAACAUGACAAGGAACUUCUACUCGGAGCAGCGAAACACGGAUUAGGUCGAACCGACAUCACGAUUUUGAACGAUCCGGAUUUCUCAUUUCACAAGAUUCUGGGAAAGAGUAUGUACGGUGGGCUCCAAGCUUCCAGGAUAGUCGAGAAAUCGGAGAAGGCCAUCAAGAUCGAAAACCGGGAGGACAUACUGAAAUUCGACAAGGACGAGAUCCUCGUGAAGCUGGAGAAGGGCGAGGGGACCUUAAAAAUAGAGAAGGUCGGCGCGAAGAAGGACAAGGACGGCUCUUCCACGGAGAAGAAACCGGAAACUUCGAACGUGGAGAAGAGCCAGGUGGAGUUGACCAUCGUGAAGACCGAAAACAAGGUCGAGGAGAAGCCCAGCACCGGGGCGCUCACGAUAACCACAGUGGCAAAAGCUGCGCCCCCAGAAAAAGAAAGUAUUCCGGAGAAAAUAGAAACCGAGGAGAAAGUCGAAGUGGUUCCGGAGCCUGCCGUAGAAAAUAUGGAAGUCGAAGAGCCCGAGGAGAAACCCUGUGAGACGGUCGUCGAGGCUGAAGAGACCGUGGACUCCUCCAGCAAGGAUAUCAAAGAGCCCCUCGAAGAACCGGAGAAAGUGGAGGAGGUCGAAGAGAAAGAGGUCGAGAAGGAGCCAAAGAUCCCCGAAGUAGAGCCAGUGGAACCUGAAACCCCGGCAGAGGAGGCGAAGGAAGAGGUGGAAAACACCACGGAGACCAAGGAUAUCGUCGAGAAGAGCGAGUGUUCCAGCGAGAUCUCCGAACAGACCGUCGUCGAUGAAGUAAAGUCGGAGUCCCAGGCUGCGAGUACGACCGUUAAAGAGGAACCCGAACCCCAGGUGGAAAAGGCAGUCGAACCGGCGAAAGAUCAGGCAAAGACUCCGAAGGUGGAGGACAAAUGUAGCGUCCAAGCUGCCGAGCUCAAGGCCAUGUUCCCGGACCUGGAGGUGAUUCAACCCCUGUCGCGUUUGACGCAAAUCGACACGUUCGUCCUCCGAGACAAGGCGAUCGAUUACAACGAACCCACCGUGGCCCAAAUCUUGGCCCAUAGCUAUCAGUCCUCCAUAAAGUGGCCCAAAGAACACGCCAUUGAGGCGCGACUGAUGCACAUCGUCCACGCGAUCGAGCACAAGGAGUGGCCGGUGUCGAUCAACUUCAGCGCUGGCGAGGAGCUCGACAUCAUUCCGAAUGAAAAAGAAACCUCCGAGGUUAUCACCAUCACGACGGAUCAUGGGGUUUCGAGGAACCUCGCCGGCGGGAACAACGCCUCGGCCUCGAAGAAACGUAAACGACACAUCGCGAUUGACGUUGAGACGGAAAGAGCAAAAUUACACGCCCUGCUCAAUAGUACCCACGUGGCGUCGCAACCUCCUGCGGCUUUGAGCAAACCGACCGUUCUUUCUGGCCCCACGUGGGGAGAGGCCAACGAGGAAUCCCAGUCGGAGGAGUCUCGACGCUCCACGCCGGUGCAACCUCCGCCUGCGCAUCAGCAGACGAGGGCCCCUGCACUUCCGUUUGACCUUAAGUGCACCCUCCCAGGAAAAACGACCAUUAUCCCGGGAACCUCGAGCACUCUGACGCCUAUUGACUUGUCCGCAAGUUAUCCGAAAGCUAACACGGACUCCAACAAGGACAUGAUGAACGAGGUGCAGGACUUCUCGAUGCCGAGUAAAAACAAGCACAUGAGUAGCAACAAAGGGAAGCUAGAUAGUAUGUUGGAUAAGUUGAUGAAGAGGAAGAAUUGCCCAACCGACGAGCCCGUGGUGGGCAAAGAGAAGAAGCGUCGAAAGCUGGACGAGAUAGUGCUGGGCCUGAGCGCGGCCAAGGAACAGCAGAGCAGCCAUUACCCCGAGCACAGUAAAAAGGGGACGAUCACUCCCAACGUGACGGUGACCCCAACUUCUGCUCCACUAGGUCUUCCAACUCCCCCGGCACCCUCGCAAAAGCCGUUCUCCAUCACCGUGACGUCCAUUCCGUCUUCUCGAGCGUCGAACACGAGUUCGACGCUGCCGCCGCCCUCGUUGCAUUCGCACAAAGACAGCUUCUCCGCGCUGCUCGCGCAAGCCGAGCAGCAGAACCGUGAGCUCAAGAAGCAGCAGCAACAGCAGCAGCAACAACACCAGCACCAUCACCAGCAGCAGCAACAGCAGCAGCAACAACAGCAGCAGCACCAGCAGCAGCAACAUCACCACCAUCAACACCAGGCCCAGCAGCAGUCCUUCAAUUCGGCCCACUCGUCCUCGAACAGCCACCGGAAGAGCUAUGAAGCGAUGAUCGCUGACAUCAACAAGGUGGCCGAGUACUCGUCGAAGAUCGGCUCUUACUCGCACGAGGCGAAAGUUAACAAAUGGCUCGCCGAGCAGACCGCCAUGUCGGAACAACUGGGGGCCGAGUAUCUGAACGCUCCGCGAAGAAGGCGACCUCGCGUCGAUCCUUCCCUCCUCGACUGGAAGAAACUCACCGGCGAGGAGAACGUCGCCGUCAUUAACAGGCUAACUGGGAAGAAGGUGACGGGCAGCAAGGCUCCGCAGCUGAAACGGCUAGGUCAAUGGCUGAUCGAGAACCCGAUGUUCGACGUGGACCCGAAAUGGGCGGAGCUGGUGAAGGAGCGCGGCAACCUGCCGCACGACCUGCAGAAGAGGCUGCCUGGUGCCGAGCGGGCCGGCAGCAAGGGCAAGAGCCCGGGGAGGCCGCCGAUGAUGCCCUCGCCGACGAGUCAGCAAUCGGCGAGCCAGGCGAACCUCGCGGCGACGUCGAUGGCCUCCGGGCUGAACUUUCCGUCCUUGGGCAACCUGAACAACUCGCUCCUCUCGGGAUUAUCGCUGGGCAACUUCGACCCUAAGAACAACCCACUGCUGAUGCCGUUCGGCGGCCUGCCGAACUUGGGAGCACUAGGGGGCCUGGGCAACCUAGGCAACCUGAACAACAUGAGUCUGACGAGCUCGCUGUUCGCCAACCUGGCGGGCCUGGGUCUGCCCUCGUUGGCGGGCAUGGAGGCCGCCUUGGGCGCGACGACGAGCUCCGCCGAGGCGAGCGUCGCCAACGUCGGCAGCAAGACCUCCAGUUCCGGAGGCGGGGGCUCUGGAGGUGGCGGUUCCGGAAGCGGCAGCAAGUCACGGGGCAAGAUGGAUCCGCCGACGAGCAAGCCCUCGGCGGCCUCGACCUCGACCUCGUCGUCGCUGCCAACGACGACGCCCUUCCCGUUCUUCUUUCCAAACCCGAGCCUCCUGUACACGCCCCUGGGCCUGGGCGGGCUGAACCCGUUCUCCAUGCAGCCGGGCGGCGUUUCUCCGGCCUACGAGAGCUUGGCCCAGUGCGGCCUGCUGAACCCGUCGACCUCCGCGGGGGCCUCCUCGUCGCGCAAGCCCGCGUCGAGCUCCUCGUCCUCGAGCUCGCGGCAGCGUGACGCGAUGGACGCGAUGAGCAAGCAGCAGCGCAAGGAGCCUGCCGAGAAGAAGUCCCGCUACCCAAUGGAGCCUAGCCUGGGCCUCCAGCAGUACGCGGACCUGGCCCUGCACGGCGAGGAGACGCGCAAGCGACAGCACCAGGACCCCGAGCGACCUUCCAAGGAGGUCGAGCUCGGCGAGAUCGCCGACCUCUCGGCGAAGCUCGAGCGCAAGAGCAAGGAGCAGGAGAUCCGGGAAGCCCUCGAGCAGAUCAGCAGGAGCAACGCGGAGCUGCACGCGAGGAACCUCGAGGACCUACAGAGGUCGACGAAGAGGUCGCGCGGCAACCCGGACCAGCUGCCGAUGGAGCAGCAGGUGCCGCCCUCGCUCGAGGUCACGCUGGAGCCGGUGAGCAAGAAGGCGCGGGCCGAGUCCGAGAGCACGGCGUCCUCGGUUAAGGCUAGCCCCGUCCCGGAGAGUCUCCCUGAUGUCGACCCCAUCCCCAGACCUGGAUCCACCUCGAGGCCGACCUCGCAGCCCGCCCAGGAGGAGAACGCUCUCCCGGUGGAGGCACCGACGACCUCUGGGAAGGAGCGCGCGGAGACCCCGCAGUCGGAGAUCACCUCUCCCCAGGCCUCGCCUCCCAAGCCCGAGGUUGCGAAACCUCCCCAGGAGGCCGAGGAGGACUCCAAGAGCAACAAGAGCAAGAAGGCUCGCAGCGGCAAACGGAUGAGCGUGGAACCUCCUCCGGAGCGCAAGAACCUCCGCUCGAGUGCCGGCAGGCAGGCCAGAGCCGCCGCUGAGCGGCAGGCGCGGAUGGAGGGCGAGCAGCAGCAACAGCAACAGCAACAGCAACAACAGCAGCAGCUGCAGCGCCAGCAGCAGGCCGAGCAGCAGCAGCACGAAAGUCACGCGGCCACGGGCGAGUGAGGACGGCGGGCGCGGCGCUUGGCUCGCACCGAACCGCAUCGUUCCUCGCCGGCCCCCAGGGCGCCGGCCAGUCGGUCUUCUGACAAGGGCUCGCGGGCGCCGGCCACAAGGACCUCGCGCGCUGCUUCCUCCAGAAACUCUCGCUCCAAGUGAAGACGCGAAGAGUUCGCCUCUCGUUGGCUCUCGCCGACUCGCGGAAGGACGCCAGGCGUGAGGCUCGGAUCGCAACGAAUUUGCAACGUUCCUCGCCGAUCGAUCGGAUUUUUUUUUUUUUUUUUUGACGAUGGCUCAACGGUAUUGACUACCAGAUUUCCUGCAGGAAGUCUCGCAAAAACGUGAAGAGGUCGAGAUAACGUAUCGUCUCUCGGUAGCUUUCGGGGAAGGGAGGACGGCGGAAGCGGUGCUUAGAUCGCAAGGAAGUACGUUGCUCGUGGCGGACGCCGAGCGCAAGGUCUUCGCGCGCUGCUUCCUCCGGGAGCGCAGACACGAAGACGUCCGAUUUUAGAACCGAUUCUUGACGACGCGGUCGAUUCGGUCCUCGUACGCUUACUCGGGAGUUGUUGCCCAAAGGUCCUCGCGCGCUUCUUCAAGGACCCUCUGUCGAUCGGUCCUCGCGCGCUCUCAUUUUCUGGGCGCGCCGAAGGGACGGCCGCGACGGCUCGCCGGAGAACUGCCAUGGUAUAUCCAGCUCUCUCAGGACGGAUCCCCGGGUGUCGGCGGAACACCUAGGGGUCCCCUCCUGGACUGGAAGGAUGUAAACCUAACGAAUUAGUUGCGCAUCAUUAGGAGCUCGAAGGAGCGUUGGUGGGAAUUAUAACGGAACUCGAUGAGUUUACGACUUUGAGGUUAUGUGACGCCAACGACUGCGUAUCGCACGUUUAGACUGGAUCUGGACGACUCGUCCGAGCGGGUGUAUCCUCGACUCCCGCCGAAACGCUGGAAUGUCGCGAUUGAGUAACUUAAGGGAAAAAUAGAGGAAUAAAUUAAUUACGAGAUACCUGGUUUUGUACCGAGGCUUCGUUGGGCACCACGAGCGGGCAUCGUUCGUCCCGGUUCCUAAGGUUACCGGGGGUCGAUCAUUGCAGCUAACCUCAACGGGCACCCCGAAGAGAUGCCUCGAGCCACGGCGAUGUCCACGGUCGUGAAUUAGAUAGUGAUCGCCUCGAUGGGAAAUGAAACCCCUUGUACGAGACGUGGAGAUCCACGGUUGGGUCCUCUGAUGCCGAUGCACUUGUGACGUGGUAACGUUGGAACAGUUUUGUUGAUGGACUGCGUUUGUCGUAGCGACUCCAGGGAUUAUUUAUGCCAGGAUUUACGUCCAGGAAGCGACCUAGUGCACGAGGUGCGGACUCUCGGGACACGACCUGGUGGAUUCGACGCGAGUGGAUACACCGAGCCACCCCGGGCAGAGACCGGGCAAUAGUAUUUCUGCGGAGUUAUACACACUGUGUGGUAAUUAACUUUUUAAUUACGUAACGUUAUUAACGAGGUAUCAUUUCUGUUAAAUCGAUUAUUCCUUUUUGAUCUUAUUGGUUUUGACCGAGGGACUGUUUUAUAUAACUGCUGCUAUGCAUUAUUAUGGACUAUCGUACGCGUAAUAUAAUGUAACCGUAACGUAGACAAGUUAUUAAUAUUUAGCGAUAAUUUAAAAUGGAGAGGAGGACUGUACAUAAUAUACAAUCUGCCUAGACAUAGUAAGCAACAUGUGUACUUGGAAAAGUGUAUAUAAAGCAGUGUACUUUUAAUUAUAUUAGGUGAAAUAAUAAA